CGGAUGUCUUGUGUUUUUGUGCACCCAGCGCACGUGGUCAUGGAGGGAUUUAGAUCUUCUGCUGCCCCGGUCAUUGAUAACCAGUGAACAUUUCCAUUCGUCGAAACACCGAACUGGGGCCCGGAUCGAACGGUAGCAGACUGUUGCGUUGCUUUCAGUAUCGAACGCAGCCAUGAGCCAGCUUAAGCUUCCGCCCUACCAGAAGAGGAAAAUUAGUCCUUCCGGACGUCCCCAAACACUGAACAUUAGUAGCGGGCUCUCCACGGCUACUAGCAGCAGCAACAAGAAAUCCCCUCUCGGAUAUGGACUGCAGAAUCCCGAGGAAUCUCCUUCGCUUCCGGAUGGGUACGUGCCGCUGCAUAGCCAAGUCGCGGGCCAUGCUUUUCACAAAGGUACCGGAUCACUAGGCCUCCUUAAGUGUAUCGAUGAUGGUUCGGUGCUGAAACUGGCCGCUAAACUGCUGGCAGGUGCACGGGAGCUUAAGUUUUACCAACAGAUCGAAACCGCUGAUGCUAAGCAGAAGGAGUUGGUACUAUUACGUCAGGUGACACCGCAGUUUCGAGGUCAUCUGCAACUACCGGUUAAUGGAGAGCUGUUGGAGUUUCUGAAGCUCGAAGACCUAACUCAGGGCAUGCUGGAACCGUGCAUUAUGGACAUCAAGAUUGGCCGUCGCUCGUGGGAUCCCAUGGCGACGGAGGAAAAGCGUAACUACGAGACAUCCAAGUACGUCGAGAGCCGUGAAGCGUACGGCUUUUGCAUACCGGGAUUUCAGGUACAUUCGCUGCAGCAGAGCGGUCGGCUGCUUCGCUACGGUAAGGAGUACGGGAAAAAGCUAAAUGCACUUACUGUGAAGGAUGCAUUGCGCAAGUUUUUAAAUGCUGAUCAAGGCUUGUGUCGGCAGCAGUUAAUCCUGUUUCUUACCGAUUUGUGGAACAUACAGAAGUGGGCACGAUCGCAAACAUCUUAUCGCCUUUACGCUAGUUCCGUGCUGCUGGUUUAUGAUGCACGACGCUUGAAACCGGUACUCCAGCAUACCACCAAACGAUCGCCAAGAAGUCCCGUCGCGACAUGCACGCCUGCCGCAUCGCCACCAGUCCUGCAACGUAGUGGUAGCACCGGCACACCUGCCACAACCCCUACCUUCAGUACGACGUCCGUGAACGAGCUGGGUGAUGUGGAACCCCUGCAGCACUACUUCAAGAUCCAACGAAGUCAUUCCACCAAUCACAACUACGAUGAGGAUAUUAAGGUAAUGAAGCAAAACUAUACCUUCAUGUUGGACAACCUUGUUGGCUCGUAUGAGGAGAAAAUCUGGGCCAAAGCGCGAAUGAUCGACUUUGCGCACACAUUCCCGGCACAGUCCACCAACGAACGGCCCACGAUCGACCAUAACUACCUCGAGGGCAUAGAUAAUGUGGUGAAGCUGUUCGAAGGUUUCCUACGCGAUUGUGAAAUUCAAAACGCACCACCGCGGCUUGCACUAAGUUGA